UGGAACCCGGCCGUGCCCGGGCAACUCGCGUCGGCCGGCGACGACGGUCUAGUGAAGAUUUGGCUUUACAACGAAUAAAGUGAGUAAAUGUUGAGACGCUUAUACGGCGUGGGCUUAUCCUGCAGCAACUCCUACGUUAGAAACCUCAAAGCGACACGCGCGAUGAGCAAGACAGCUGGCGAUAAAGACAGCCUGCCCCUGGAGGAGGUCGUGAACGCCAUACGCAAGUUCGCGAAUACAUCGCUCGCCGCAUCCUGGGAUAAUGUCGGGUUACUGGUCGAGCCGACGCAGCCGAAGGUCGUGUCGCGCGUUUUAUUGACGAACGAUCUGACCGAAGACGUGAUGGACGAGGCUGUUCAACUGAACACCGACCUGAUCGUCACGUAUCAUCCGCUGAUUUUCACCCCGUUGAAAUCCAUCACCACGCAGUAUUGGAAGGAACGAGUAGUGGCGAGAUGUCUGGAGAACAAAAUCGCCGUGUACUCGCCGCACACCAGCUUCGACUCGGUACGAGGUGGCGUGAACGACUGGCUGGCGGAAGCCUUCGAGCUCGAGGGCAGCGAUCCGAUCGAACCGAACGCGAGUAACGCGACUUACGGCAUCGGGAGGCUGUGCACCUUGAAGAACCGGAUACCCAUCGACGAGGCGGUGAACCGGGUGAAGCAGCGCACGGGUCUGGAACACGUGAGAUUGGCGCGCGCGCGCGGUGCCGACGGCUACGUGAAGACCGUAGCGCUCUGCGCCGGCUCCGGCGGCUCGGUAUUGAAGGGGAUAUCCGCCGAUUUGUAUCUCACCGGGGAAAUGUUGCACCACGACGUGUUGGACGCCGUGCAUCACGGCGCCCACGUCAUAUUGACGAAUCACUCAGACUCCGAGCGUGGUUUCCUGAAGGUGUUCGCGCCGAUAUUGCGCCGUAGUUUGCAGUGCGUCGAUGUGUGCGUAUCCGAGGCUGACCGAGAUCCGCUGGUGACUGUGUGAGGGAGACCCACGCGCGCACACACACACCGACCACGGCACCGUGACGUCGUGAGAACACAACACGUGUCUGAAAGACAUGCCUCUUUAGGCAUCUUUAGGCUGUUCUUCGGGACGCGCCGCGGCGGAACGUUGUACAGGUGAAAUACAAGCGGUGCCUCGUAUGAAAAGAAUCUUUUAUUAUUAAUAUUAUAAAUUAUCUCGUCUGUGGUACUUUUUUCUUCGGAUGCUUCUCUUUCUGUUUUUUUUUUUCUCCCAACUACGUGUAUCAAUCAAGCACAUUUAUGAGUAACGUAUCGAGAAAUCGUAGGAUGCAACUGAGAGAAGAACAUUUGUGUAUACCUCUUUACACGAACGCUCGGAGUGUCGCGGGCGGCGCGUGUUUGUCCUCCGGCGCAACGCGACGCCUGCGAUCCCCCGCGCGUAUAUACAUAUUUGGAGCGAGUCGUUCGUUCUCUGGUCCGAAUAGGAUUUCAGUUUUGAUUCUCGUACCCGACCUUCCGCCCCGUCACUACGGACUCGUCUCUCUCUCUCUCUCUCUCUCUCUCUCUCUCGCUCUCUCGCGAAAAGAAGCAGCUGUCGGUGAGAACCGGAAGAGAACCCAGAAGAGAUCUGUAUGCGCCUAUACAACGCCGGAUACAACGUCGUUCGCAUGUGAAAUUAUAGAUCGAGUCGAGAAAAGGAAAACAGAGGCGGAGCGCGAUGUCUCGAGCGAUGUAUACACGAUCGAUACACACGCCGAUGUACAGUCGACACUCGAUCGUGAUGGGUCUGGUUCGCGCGUGAAAUUGGCACGACUAACUAUCAGCUGGAGUUGAACUGAAUCGAGGAUCGGGCGGAGGAUGAGGGUGAGGAAGAGAGAGAGAGAGAGAGAUUCGAACGUACGAGCGUAUCUCGAGAACAAGAGGACGCGGAAGACCUCCAAGAGACUGUCCAUUAGACUCGUGGGAGCGAUCGAGUCCCGUUUUUCUCCGGAAAUUACUUCGUUAACCCUCGCUUAGGCUCCGUCCCGGGCUCCGUCUCCGUCGUCGUCUGUUCCUUUGUCCGCUCGGGCGUGCAAUUAUGCACACGCGGGGCAAUAUUUCACGCGUACGAAUGCGCAACAAUAGAGGCCGCGCGUGAAACAACAAUAACAACGGGGACAAUAUCUUCCCGCCGAUAUAAUUUGGAUCCCGCCCAUUGUAGUCGCGCACACAAUCGCGAUUAAAAUUAAAUUAUAAUUACAACCACACUUCCUGUGUGCGGUAAUUUACACACAUCGCUCGCGCCCACUCGUGGAUGUUCUACGGCAACAACAAUAAUAGCAAACGGUGUCGGUGUCAACGUCGGGUACGAGAGCGGCUGGCGAAAAUCUCACGCUGUCAAAUAAUCGUCCGAUGUGAAAUGAAGCAGCGCCGGCGGACAAUGCCGUCGACGACGGCCGGUGAAUGGAGCUCCGGCCGCGUUCUUAUUCGACGUAGCUCGCCUAAUAACGACACUCCAUCCGCGCGUUGCUUUCGACCAUCAACGCGCCCCGCGCGUGGGCCGCCCCCGUUCGACGUGGCUCCGAGAAGGAACGGAGUCGCGAGAUAUUUUGAUAAUCAUCAUCAUGAAACGCGUGUCGGCAUUCGGCAGAUGAAAUUUGGCUCACGGUUGAGCGAGGGGGGAGGGGAUGAAGAGUCGCGUAAAACUGGUCCGGCGUGGAACGUGUUAUAAAUCGACGCCUAAAUCGACGGCUACAUCCGAGAGGCGGAUUCGUCGCCGAGCGAAACAACGACGUCGGAUCCGUCCUUCUUUCUGUACCGUCGACACUCCCUUGACGGCAGUCCCUCAAAAUUCUGGCAUUGUUCGCGCAUGAAUGACUGCCGCCGCGAUCAGCCUCGACGGCGGCGCUCGAUCGCGUCUCGCUCGUCGAGUGCUCCCAUUUUUGCUUCACAUCGUAUCUUAUAUAUAUAUAUAAUGUGUGUAUAUAUAUAUAUAUAUAUAUAUAUUUAUAUAUGUAUAUUCUCCAAUAGGUAUUCCCUCUCUCUCGCAACGCAAUAAUAGAUUUUAACACGGACCCGUUAAAGUCUCAACUUAUUUUCUUAUCAACAGUAACACGUACACAUCCUUCGGCAAGCACAACGUAUUGUCUCGUAACCGUGAUAAAGCAAAAAUGUAACGUUUAUACCUGCUGCUCGAAUGCAUGUAUGUGUAUGUGCGUGUAUAUGCAUGUAUGUAUAUAUGCGCAGGUGAACGUUGAGAGUUAUUCUCACGAAUAUACGGGUGUGCAUGCGCGUGUGUGAUGUGUAUGUGUGCGUGUGUGUAUGUAUAUAUAUAUAUAUGUUCGGUUUUUGUCGCUACCCUGUCUUCGCCCUAAAGUCUUCGCGCAUUUACAAUAUUUCAGCACUAACCGGGAUUCGCUCCCCGUCUGUCGUUUUUACACCUGUCCCUUCCUCGCGCCUCACCCCGGCGUCACGCGCGGUCACUACCGACAUUCGUCGUUUCCUCCACCGUCUCCUCUACCCCCCUCGGCCUCCUCCCUUGCUGUGCUCCUCGCUUUUGUCCGCGCGUUUUUCAACACCCGUCACGAUUCUCCUCCGGCCGAGGUAAGAUUUCUUUCGGCCAUUAUCCGUGUGGACUUCCGCGAGCUCGUAUCUCUUCCGAUCGUCCA